AUGGAUUUGGUCCUUCCCGCCCGGCAUUUUUGUCCCAUUUUUUUUUUGCUGUCCCCCUCCCCGCCGCAGGUGGGCUACCAGAUCCGCUUCGAGAGCAGCCGCUCGCCCGCCACCAGCAUCCUUUUCCUGACGGAGGGGCUGCUGCUGCGGCAGGCGCAGCGGGAGCCCAGGCUGCCCGCCUACCGCGUCGUCAUCGCCGACGAGGUCCACGAGCGGCACCUGCACGGCGAUUUCCUGCUGGGCGUCCUGCGGCGCCUGCUGCCCGCGCGGCCCGACCUCAAGCUGGUGCUUAUGUCGGCCACCAUCAACAUCCGCCUUUUUUCGGGAUAUUUCGGGGGUGCCCCCGUGCUGCAGGUGCCGGGAAGGAUUUUUCCCAUUUCGGUGAUCUACCAACCGAUCCCUAAGGAAGAAGGAUCCACGGUGGGGAAAUCGGGGAAAGCGGAGCGCCUGGAUCCCCUCCCCUACCUGCGGGUGCUACAAGCCAUCGACCACAAGUACCCGCCGGAGGAACGCGGGGACCUGCUGGUCUUCCUCAGCGGGGUGGCCGAAAUCGGCGCGGUGCUGGAGGCGGCGCAGCCGUACGCUGCCCGGACGCAGCGUUGGAUCAUCCUCCCCUUGCACAGCACCCUCUCCGUGGCGGAGCAGGAUAAGGUCUUCGACGUGGCCCCUCCCGGUGUCCGUAAGUGCAUCCUCGCCACCAACAUUGCGGAGACCUCGGUGACCAUCGACGGCGUCCGCUUCGUUCUGGAUUCGGGGAAGGUGAAGGAGAUGAGUUACGAUCCUCAGGGCAAACUCCAGCGCUUGCAGGAAUUCUGGAUCAGCCGGGCAAGCGCCGAGCAGCGGAAGGGUCGUGCCGGCAGAACCGGUCCCGGCGUCUGCUACCGGCUCUACGCUGAGUCCGACUACGAUGCCUUUGCCCCCUACCCCGUGCCAGAGAUCCAGCGGGUCGCCCUGGACGCUCUGGUGCUCCAGUUGAAGAGCAUGGGGCUGGGUGACCCCCGGACCUUCCCUUUCCUGGAGCCCCCUCCCCCCUCCAGCCUGGAGCUGGCCGUGCGCUACCUGAAGGACCAGGGAGCCCUGGAUGAGGCUGAAGAUCUGACGCCCAUCGGGAACCUGCUGGCCCAGCUGCCGGUGGACGUGGUGGUGGGCAAGAUGCUGGUCCUGGGCGCGCUGUUUGACCUGGCCGAGCCCACCCUGACGGUGGCGGCGGCGCUGAGCGUGGCGUCCCCCUUCCUGCGGGCUGCUCACCCCAAUCCUGACUGCGCCACGGCCCGGCGGCCCCUCGAGAGCCCCCACGGGGACCCCCUAACGCUGCUCAAUAUCUUCAACCAGUGGGUCCAGGUGAAAUCGGAGCGGGGUGGCAGCUCUCGGAAAUGGUGCCGCCGCCGGGGUUUGGAGGAGCAUCGGCUUUACGAAGCCGCCAACCUGCGGCGCCAGUUCCAGGAGCUUCUUCGAGACCACCAGCUUGUGGAGGAAACCUCCAGCCAGCCCAGCGACAGCUACAGCCGGCAGAGCCGACACCGGGAACGUCGGGAGCUGCACCGGCUCUGGCGUUCCCACGCGGAGACGGAGGGUCGGAAGCGCAAGGUGCUGCGGCUGCAGGAUGGAGCAGGUGCCUCCUCUGGCGAGGAGGAGGAGGAUGGUGGCACCCGUGGAAAGCACAGCGUCGAUAUCCAGGACGUCAAGUUCAAGCUCCGGCACGACGUGGCUGAGCUCCAGGCCGCAUCCAGCUCGACCCUCUCCUGCUCGCAGCUCGCCCUGCUCAAGCUGGUGCUGUGCAGGGGGCUUUACCCCCAGCUGGCCGUGCCCGACGCGCUCAACAGCGGCCGCAAGGACUCCGAUCAGAUUUUCCACACCAAAAGCAAGCAGGGUGUCGUGCUUCAUCCCACCUGCGUCUUCGCCACCAGCCCGGAGCUGCUCCACGCCAAGGAGGGAGCGGGGACCAAAGACCCCACGGAGGGGCUGAGCUGCCACCACCAGCUCCUCGCCUUCGUCUCGCUACUGGAGACCACCAAGCCCUACCUGGUGAACUGCGUCCGGGUGCCGGCCCUACAUACUCUCCUGCUCUUCUCCCGUUCCCUGGACACCAACGCGGACUGCACCCGGUUGGUAGCCGAUGGCUGGCUGGAGCUCACCGUCCCCGACGCGGACACUGCCCUGCGCCUGCUCUCCACAGCCCUGCAGCUUCGCUCUUCCUGGGAAAAACUCCUCCACCAGCUGCUGGAAGGUCGGGAAGAGGAGUCGGGCCGCCGGCCGAGCUCCCGGGAUGUAUCCGCGCUCAGCCGGGGCUUGCGGGAGUUCCUGCGGAUGGAGGUGCCGCACCGCCUGCGCCAGCUCACAGGGCUGGAGAAACAGAACCUCUACAUCGGUCCCCAAACCGUGGCCGCCGCCCCCCGCCUCCCGGGGCUCUUCCAGGGGAUGGAGAUGAAGCCUGACGAGGUGAAAGGUGGCCACAGGGUGACCGAAUUUCUCACCUACAACUGCCUGGCCACGGACACAGACCUCUACAGCGACUGCCUGCGGAGCUUCUGGACCUGCCCGCACUGCGAUCUCCACAUGCCCUUCACCCCCUUGGAGCGUAUGUGCCACGAAAGCGCUUGCCGACCCUCCGAGGCCCCCUCGGAAGAAGCUGCUGAAAGCUCAUCCAAACCCUCCGCCCUCCAAAGACCCUACCACUGCGACGUUUGCCAGCAGGAUUUCACCUUCACCCCCACGGAGAUCCUGCGGCACAAGAAACAGCACCGGUGAGCGGAGCUUCGUGGGGGAUGCUCCCGGUGAACGGUGGUGCUGAGCACCGCGGUGCCAGGAUGGACCCCAUCCCCCAGGAGAAGCAGGGGACCCCCGUAACGGGGGAGGAGCCACCGCCUCCGUUGCCCUCGGUGAGUCUGGCUGGAUCCCAGAAGGAAUUUGGGGGCUUGGGGAUAUCCCGGUGGCUCGUCGCGGUGUUGGUCGUCCUCAAGUAGGGGCAACCUGGUUUUACUCUCCUGUCUUUUUUUUUUUAAAAAAAAUAAAUAAUAUUUUGGAGAAAGUUGGCACCAGCCCGAGUGUGGGUGCAGCGGGGUCGGGGGGCUGGAGGACAAGGGGCAUUUGGGGGGGGGGGUCUCCUGCCUGCGAUGCUGCCAGGCACGGCGUGGCCAGAGUGUGGCACUCCUCUACCGGCAUCCUCGCUGCCUCAUCUCUGCUCCCUGUAUCCCGUGGGAAAACAGGACUCAACCCCCCCAUCCCCCCCCCCCCCCCAUAUUAAUAUCGCGUGACCUGAGCAUCCCUUUGGAGGACGCUCGCUCCCAACCUGGCGAGAAGAUAACGGAAUAAAGGUGUUGCCUUAGGAAUUCUGCUCCAGUGCUUUUUGGAGCUAAAAAACCUGGAAAAAGGCAAAUCCAGAGCGGCUCGCACCCCUGUGCCCCCCGCGGGGGCAAAUGCCGCGAUGGCAGGAGCUUCUCCGCUGUCUAAACCCAUUUAAAAUGCAUUAAUUAGCAGCUUCGUGCACUGCGUUAAGCUCAAGCAGGGUUAUUGGCGGGGCCUUUCCUAAUUAAAAACCAUUUGAUGGUA